AUGGAUAGAGAAAAUGAAGAUACGAAGAAAUUUUAUAAGCGAUGUAGUAGUUUAUUAAGGAAGGCGGAAGAGAUUGCAAUUUGUUGUGAUGUGGAUGUGUUGUUUGUUGCGCUCUCACCAUCUAAUCGACUCAACAAGUUCUGUAGCCAAAAAAGAAUUGAAGACAUGCUUCAACACUAUCUUAAGAUUCCCGUUGAGAGGAGAUUGACGAUAGAGAAUUUGGAGCUGCAAAUCAAGAAGUGCACAUUGGAACUGCAGAUAGUUGAUGCUAACUUAAGGGACUAUGUUCCAGAAUCAGAGAAAUUUUCUUCUCUUCAUCAACUCUUUUGGUGUGAGAGCAACUUGCAAAAAUCUCUCCAAAAAGUUAUGACAAGAAAGAUCGAAUUGGAGAAACAAGAAAAGAUGGUUGUUCACUUUGCUGCACAACAAACAACUCCUCAGCGGUUUGUGACAAAUAAUUGGUACAAGUAUCCCAAGAAACAUAUAUCAAGAUUGGAUGAACAAGGAAAAAAGAGUAGCGAACAGUUUUUGCGAUUACACAUAUACCCCUUCCGUUGGAAGUUCUUCACAGACCAUGUCUCUACUUGGAAUAACAACUUUAGUGAACCCUCACAUUUAGGGUUGGAGAAUGUCCAUUCAAAUUGGAAUAAUAACAUUAAUAACAACAACAAUAACAAUCACAUCAUUCAACAGAAUGAUCCCUCUUCCGUUCAAAGUGAUGCAAUGACUCCUAAUGUUAACGAAUUUAACAAUUCAAUGGAGGAGAAUAUGAUGGAGAAUGAUGCAUGCAAAUGGGAUGAUAUCGAUGCUUUCCUCAAUGAAGCUUUGAAUGAAGAAGACUUUUGA